UCCACCAAUGAGGUCGAGACACGUCAGGAUAAUGCUCGUUUCACUGCUUCACUUUCAUCAAACUCCUUUAGAGAAACAAAAAAAAGAGUCGUCAAUGGCGUUUCACUGUUUAAACCCAAUCACUGCCACUCCAUUCUCCAGCACUAGACUCCAUCGCUCAACUUGGAGACGAACUUCUCGAUCCUUCUCCGUCUCCGCGACUAUGGCUUCACCUGCUAAGAGAGUUUUGAUUCCCGUUGCGCAUGGUACGGAGCCGUUCGAAGCGGUGGCGAUGAUCGAUGUGCUGCGGCGAGGCGGGGCGGAUGUGACGGUGGCGUCCGUCGAGAAUCAGGUCGGCGUUGAUGCUUGCCAUGGAAUCAAGAUUGUCGCCGAUGCGCUUCUCUCUGAUGUUAACGACUCCGUUUUCGACCUUAUUAUGCUCCCCGGAGGACUUCCUGGGGGAGAGACUCUUAAGAACUGUAAACCUUUAGAGAAUAUGGUGAAGAAACAAGACAGUGAGGGACGACUCAACGCUGCUAUCUGUUGCGCUCCUGCGUUGGCGCUUGGUACUUGGGGUUUACUAGAGGGUAGAAGAGCAACAUGUUAUCCGGUUUUUAUGGAGAAGCUUGGAGCGACCUGUGGCACAGCUGUUGAGUCAAGAGUGGAAGUAGACGGGAGGAUAGUGACUAGUAGAGGGCCUGGAACUACCAUGGAAUUCUCUGUCACGCUUGUGGAGCAGCUGUUUGGGAAAGAGAAAGCUGCUGAAGUCUCUGCACCCUUGGUGAUGCGCCCCAACCCUGGUGAUGAGUACACAAUUACCGAGCUUAACCAAAUGAACUGGUCGUUUGACAGCACCCCACAGAUUCUUGUACCCAUUGCAGAUGGCUCAGAGGAAAUGGAAGCGGUUGCUAUCAUUGAUUUUCUGAGGCGGGCAAAAGCAAAUGUCGUCGUUGCUGCGCUUGGUAACAGCUUGGAAGUGGUAGCAUCUCGUAAAGUCAAGCUUGUUGCAGAUGUGCUUCUCGAUGAAGCUGUAAAGAAUUCAUACGAUCUGAUAGUGUUGCCUGGUGGUCUCGGUGGUGCUGAAGCAUUUGCAAGUUCGGAGAAGCUAGUGAAUAUGUUAAAGAAGCAAGCGGAAUCAAGCAAACCAUAUGGAGCAAUUUGUGCCUCUCCUGCUCUGGUAUUCGAGCCACAUGGUUUACUCAAGGGCAAGAAGGCGACAGCGUUUCCAGCAAUGUGCAACAAACUCUCGGACCAGAGUCACAUCGAGCAUAGAGUCUUAGUUGAUGGAAACCUCAUAACGAGCAGAGGUCCAGGAACCUCUUUGGAGUUUGCACUCACAAUUGUAGAGAAGUUUUAUGGGCGCGAGAAAGGACUUCAGCUCGCAAAGGCAACACUUGUGUAGUAUCUUAGAUGAAGAAUCCAAGGACUCUGUACCCAACGAUGAAACUUGCCAUGAUUCCAAGAUUGCUCCAUUUCUGAGACUCCUCCAGGUCUUGUUCCUUCAAGAACACGUCUCCUCUAUACUCGUUGAUCAUCAGGCACUCGAAUGGAUACUUGAAGAGGCUGAGAUAAUGCAUGAACUCCCAGUAAACCGGGAUCCUGUCCUUUGCGAUGAAAUAGCCAGAGAAGAGGAAGAAAGAUCCCAUGAGACCUGAGAUCACUGAUGUCCCCAUGAUGAAGUUUGGGACAAGAGCACUGAAACACGCAACAAAGGAGUUUGACAUGAGAAGAAC